AUGUCUCAACACCGCACUAAAAAAGCUGCAGAAACCAAAGACAAAGUGGCUUUCUUCGCGGCCAGAACGCCGCAACACAAGCACACCGAUACUCACACCCAAGAUGGCGUCGAGUCUGAUCCUGAUGCCGACCACAUGGGCGCACAAGAUUACAGAACGGACACCCUGCUAACUACUCAUCUACUGCAGAAAAUGCUUGAUGCAGCAGUCUCCAAAAUGCAAGUAACAAUCACAUCUGCACUUGCUGACAUAAAGACAGAUAUUACUGUCAUAGAA